UCGAGAAAUAAUUAACGUCAUGCGGAAUUGACAGCAAAAUUUUAGCUAAAAUUUGAAAUAAAAAUGUAAUUGAUAAUAUUGAUUUCAAUUUAAAAAAAAAAUAAAUAUAAAAAAUGUGAAUGUAACUUUUACUAUAAAUGAAUUUAAUAGAAUAUUCAAAAUGUAUGAAAACUGCAUAGAAAAUUUCUUCAGAAGAUCCGAUCCAAGUCACGUCGAAAGGCACUCGGAUAGCUCAGAUUUCGAAAAUCCAAACGAAGUACAAUUCGAGAGUUCUAAAUUUUCAUUUAAGAGUUUAGUUCGAGAUGAAACACAGUUUGAUAAGCCCGAAAGAGACUUCAGCGUCUAUCACGCCAGUAGCAAGAAGAAACAGUAUACACACAAGCUCAAAAAGUCCCCACAGAGAUAGAGAAAAUUUAACGAAGCAUAGAAAAAUAAAAUCAAAUGUAAAACAGCAAGAAACUGUUUCAAACGUCGCUUAAACCAAAGCGAUGAAAUGUUAGAAAGAAAAAUUAAAAAUUGCGGUGAUCAAAGCCUGUCGAACUUGACGAGGUGGUGUUAUUCUAAAUCUAUUUUACGUGACAAGGUCAUACCGUGUCUCUCUACUAUAUUCAGACGCUCUCAUAACUGUAACAAGCCCAUGAUGAUUAUCGAGGAAGACAACAAAACAAACAGGACUGAUAUUAACAAACAAACUUGCUGUCCAUAUUGUAAACGACGGAGAUCGAGUAAAAAGAGAGAACGUAACGUCAUGCCGCUUCAUCCAGUGUAUGCCGUGAAUCAGAACAUACAUAGGUUUCCUAUCCCGUAUUCCAUACACCCUGUAUCUGUAACUAAAAUCGAUUCUACGAUGCAACAAAAUUGUACAGAGGACUGUUUUGAAAAUAAUUAUUGUUCAUCAGAUUCUGAAAUUGAAAUUAUCAAUAAGCGUAAAGUUAAAAGAAAUAAAGAUGUGACUAAAGAAAGGCUUCAGAGUAAAAUUAGAAAUGAAUGCGUCAUUCAAAAAGAUACAUCAAGAAGUCAACAACAACAGUUUCCUUCAAAAUCCCAGCUAAUGAAACCUUACCAGGUUUUAACAUCCACGUCUUGUCAAGCGAAAUCUGACCUGCACUUAGACACGACCCCAUCGAUACUUUGGAAUUCAAUUAAGGAGAAAAUGAACCUACCCACUGAAUUAUAAAACCGUGCUCUUGUAAAAAACCUCUGGAGCCUUGUAAUCCUGAAACCUGCAAAAAUUUAAACGACAUGAUUAUGACUAAUAACACGAAUAUGAGUAAUGACACGAAUAUGCCUAAUGACACUAAUAUCGCUAAAGGCAGUAAUAAAGGAAAUCUUUCUAAGUUCCUGGAAAACUUAUCAGGCGAAUCAAUUACUUCAAGUCCUACUGACAAAAAGGAAGUUAAGAAGAAAAAAACCAAGGCAUCUAAUUUUAUUUGUAAAUGUUAUGACGACAAAAAGAAUAAGAAACCAGAGACCUUGGAUGCUCAGAUACAAAAGGACGUAGAGAAGACUUGUCAAGAAAAUCACGACAAAAUCGCUGGCUUACUUACACGUAAAUAUAACGGUGAAAUAUUGUGUAUUCAUAAUCCACCGUGUAUUUUAAUAAACGGAUGCCUGAGCUUACCUCCCCCCAAAGUUGAAGUACCAGGAAACUUUUGGCCUGUUACACACCAAAAAAAAUGUAGUUUCGUGCAAAUGUGUCGAAAAAUUAAACUUUCAAAGGACAUUAAACCAUCAAACGAACAAUCCAGUCAGUACCAUCCACCGUACGCUGAUAUAAAGCAAUGUCUGCCAGAAUUUGUCACAGAGAAAGUAAUUCAAAGUGUUUGUAAUCACAACCCUCCUUGUGAGGUCGUUCACGGAUGCUAUAAAGCCAAAUACGAUCCAAGGCUACAUAAUUCGUGUAUUCACGUACCUUCCUGCAAUAAAGUACCUCAAUGCCUGUUGGGGACGCACUCUAACGAGAAUAACUCCUGCAUUCACAAGCCCAAGUGCCCAGAAAUACCACUCUGCUCCAGGCAAUAUAUACUACUGACUGCGAAGGAGAGUGUCAGUACACAGAUACAACCAAAGAACAAGAUCUGCCGACAUGAGCCACCAUGUUUCAUGAUACCGAAAUGCCUAGCUAACGCUAUCUGCGGGGACUACAUCCCAGUGGGAGCCAUACCAGGUUGCACGCAUAAGCCUAGCUGCGAGAUGAUUCCCGCUUGUUGCAGGCAGUCUACCAAAGAAAUGGUCUCUGUUCAAUCUCAAUAUCCAAAUACCUCUUGUCGCAUAGUCUGAAGUUGGCUGAGGAUGUAUGAAAGGGUCCGGUCUCCCCACCAGCGCUGCAACUCCGCCAAGUUUGUGAUUGUUGAUCGUGAGCUUCCCAGGUGUAAAUUUGUACAAUUUGCAAGCUGUGCCUAAUGGCCGCCAGACAAUAAAGCCUUACAUCCACAA